UCGGUUGCACGCGUCUGCAGUAGGACUGUAUCCGUCUGUUUUGCGUUAUUUGAAACGGCAUGGAUGAUAUUUUUUAAACAAAUGUUUACAUGUGUAAGUGGAUCUAUUGCAUUACUUUCUUCUGUAACUGAUUUGAAAACGACCUGGAUCACGCGUGGAAUAUAUGGAUCCGAAGAUGAACCGCAAUUAUUGGAAUUUUUCCAGUUAUUAAUUAUAAUAAGAAAGAUACUUAAUUUGACAUUUUAUGUGCAAUAUAUUUGUUUCAUAUUUUUUGUUUGUUCUGGUGUUCGUUUGAAAGUUUUUACCUCACGCGGACAUUUUGUCAUCUAUGAAAUUAUAUUUCUUCACUUAAAUGGAAAUUCAUAACUUCUGAAGGUUUAAAUGAAAAAAUCCUGAUUCUCAAUGUCGUGUUGGAGUUUUGGGCCCCAGCGGAUCUCUCCACCCAAUCAGCGGCUCUGUGUAAAGAUGCGACCAACUAGGUAGCCAUGCACCACUGCAAUUCAUCUGGCCUUGCGCCGCUCAACCCCUUCGCUAAUCACAGUCAGUGGGAGGGUCAGGUGACCUCUCCAACACUCGGAAAUCCCGAAAAUGUCACCUCAGAUCGGCCAAUCCUGAGCGGCCCUAUAGCCGCCAUGCUGUCAAUGACCCUUGGCAUCCUGUCUAACAUUUUGGCUUUACUGAUCCUGGCAAACGCAUACGCCCGCCUGCGUCGACGAUCCAAAGCCUUCCUCCUGUUUGCAAGCUCUCUAGUGGCCACAGAUUUCAUGGGACAUGUGAUACCUGGUUCAAUAGUUAUGAGACUUUACCUUUCUGGAGGUGUACCGUCUGCAGAAUACAACAGGUCAGACCCAUUAUGCCAGUUCCUUGGGGGCAGCCUGGUGUUUUUCGGCUUGUGCCCGCUCUUUCUCGGUUGCGCUAUGGCGGCCGAGAGGUGUUUGGGGGUCACGAAGCCACUUCUUCACGCUUCGCUAGUUACGACAACGAGGACUAAACUCUCCCUUGCUCUUAUAUGGCUGGUGGCUCUUUGCGUUGCCCUCCUACCCUGCUUCAAGCUGGGCUCAUAUACCUACCAGUACCCUGGAACCUGGUGUUUCAUUAAAGUUCUGGAGGAUAUCGAAGAAGCAGAUGUGGCUUUCGUUAUGCUCUUCUCAGGGCUGGGGAUGACAUCCCUGGCUGUCGCUUUGGUCUGUAACACCAUAAGUGGACUGACGUUGGUGUUGGCCAGGAUACGCAGGCAACCGUGCAACCGUCGGUCAGCUAGGUCACAUGACAUUGAGAUGGUGGUGCAACUUGUGGGCAUAAUGGUCACGUCUUGUAUCUGCUGGAGCCCUCUUUUGAUUGUUGGCCUAAUUACAGUAACACAGUCGUACGAAGGCUCCAUAGGAGAUGACCUUCCCACCUAUAAGACCCUGAUGGUAAUGGGGGUGCGAAUAGCUUCAUGGAACCAGAUCCUGGACCCGUGGGUCUACAUUCUUCUUCGCCGAGCCAUCCUCCGAAAGAUUUACCUUAUCACCAAACGUCAAACAGAUUUCAAACAAAACACUUUAAGAUGCUGGGAGAUCCAUUCCUUUCCCAGUUCGGAAAAAAAUAACGUCAGUAGAGUUUAGGAGUAAAUCGAUGAGAAGAGCUUUUACAAAAAGACACUGAAAGCUAUACAGAAACGUAUUCUGUAUUUUCAAGUUCUAAUUUCAACCAUUAUUAAAGGGAUAGUUCACCCAAAAAUGAAUCAUUUACUCCCCUCAUGUUGUUAGAAACCUGUAUAAAUUUCUUUGUUUUGAUUAACACAAAACAAAAUAUUUUGAGGAAUGUUUGUAACCAAACCAUUCAUGAGCCCCAUUCACUUCCAUAGAAUAAUUUUUUCCUACUAUGGACGUGACUGGGGCUCAUGAUUGGGUGAACUAUCCCUUUAAAAUGAAUCAACAAACAGGUCUUAGAUCAGCAGAAAAGGCUAACUUUUGCUUACUGUGACUUAUAGUGGAUGCCUAAUGGGUGUAACUGAAUAUGAUGUUUUGCCUUCCUUUGCAAUUACCGUGAUGCACUAUCAAUAUUAAGAACGUAUUUAUUGAGGCGGAUUUGCACAGAGAUGGACAUUCCUAUUGUUCUUUAGCAAGCUCCUUUACUCAUUCCUAUAACUCCUAUAAUGGACAACAUAGCCUUUAGAGUUAAUAAACUAAUCUUACUCAUCCAGUGUUAUAGCUCUAGGCCAUUUGAAAUAUGUAACUGCUCUAUAAGAACAGAUAUGGCAGGGAGAGUGGAGGGAAAAGUACACUAACCCUUUAAUGAUUGUAAAACUCUGUACAGCUUUACAUCAAAUAUAAGCUUGUAAUUUUAUGUGAUGAACAUUAUUUUUCUUUGUGGAAGAUUAAGUUUUCCCAUGUUUAUCUGGGAUUUGUUACUGUGGAUGUAAACAAUUACUAUUAUUGUAAUUUAUUGAUUGUGUUAUCCCUUCAAUUUUCUGGAGGCUUGUGUUAUUUUACAUUGAAAUGCAUUACACAUAAUAAAAAAUAUAUUAUGUGAA